AUGUCUCAGUCUUCGACCGAUCGAGAGGGAAAGGAUGGUUUGAAUCCACCUACAAGCCCGUCUCUCAGCGAUCAAAAAUUAAAUCCCAAGAAACGUCCUAGCACCGACCCGAUCGACUAUCCAAGGCGGCGGGCAACUAUCGCGUGCGAAAUAUGCCGAUCAAGGAAGUCCCGCUGCGACGGACAACGCCCAAAAUGUCGACUGUGCACCGAACUCAACGCAGAAUGUGUGUACCGUGAACCUGGGAUCAAAUUGGACGCUGGCGACAAGUUGAUCCUCGAGCAUUUAAACCGAAUUGAAGGCAUGCUGCAAUCGAACCUGAGGGCUCGAGCAAACAGUUUCAGCGUCGCCCCGUCACUAUCACCACCUUUGACCAACGGAGCCACGGUCGCAGAGGAAUCCGGACAUCGACGACCAAGCACGAUGUCGAAUUUCGGUGUUGCCUCUGGGAAUGGAGCGAAGACGUUCAACAGUACGACGUCGAACAUCUCGACCAUGCCCAAGACGCAUACCACCCCCGCCCUCAAUCUAUUACAGUGGCCCAUGAUUCGCGACCUAGUCUCCCGUCCAUAUGACCCCCAAGUCCUCCUACAGUUAGAAAUGUCCCGAGAGCCGCUUCAUUUACCACCAGUGCACACCAUCGACCUUGCCGGCUCCGCGAACUAUAUUCGCGCAUUCUUCGAACGGGUCAAUGUGUGGUACGCGUGCGUCAAUCCUUUCAGCUGGACAAGACUUCAUCACGCUGCACUUUCUCAAGGCUUCCAAGAAGGACCAGAGAGCUGCAUCGUGCUACUUGUCUUAGCACUCGGCUGUGCAGAGUGCGCUGGCAGCAUGUCGCGCCAGCCGCUUGACCGGGACCCUCCAGGGAUCCAGUACUUCGCGGCAGCAUGGGCUUUGCUUCCAAGUAUGAUGAUUCGCAAUAACAUUAUGGCUGCACAAUGCCAUAUCCUCGCGUCCGCUUACCUUUUCUACGUCGUCCGACCGUUGGAAGCCUGGAAUUUGCUUACCAAUACGAGCAUGAAGUUACAACUUCUGCUCAGUGGUUCGCGACUCCCCCAACACGCCAAAGUUCUGACUGAAAGAGUGUAUUGGAACACACUGCUCUUCGAAAGCGAUCUCCUCGCAGAACUCGACCUUCCGCAUUCGGGGAUCGUUCAAUUUGAAGAGACCGUUGGACUCCCUGGCGGAUUUGAGGACGAAGGCGACGAACCAGUUGGCAAAGACGAGCUAUGGUACUUCCUGGCGCAAAUUGCUUUGCGUCGAUUGCUCAACCGCGUGAGCCACUUGAUCUACGCGCGAUCAUCGGCAACGAAGAGCCCAUCUUCCCUCGACGCAGUCGUUGCAGAGCUGGAUUUCCAGCUCACGCAAUGGUAUGAUGGGCUGCCUCCCGCCGUGCGGUUCCCACAAGGCAUGAAUCCUGGAAUGGCAACGGCUGCACCAGUUCAGACCGUACUAAGGUUACGAUAUUAUGCCUGUCGAACGAUUAUUUUCCGACCGUACAUUCAGGCUGUCUUGAACGACGAAUCAGCAGCGAUCGACCCAUCUGUCCAGGAUAAUUGCCGGAAGUGCCUGGAGGCGUGCAUCAGGCAGCUCGAGCACAUCACAGCACAUCACGCUGGCCACCUUCCGUACUUGUGGCAAGGGGCCCUCUCCAUCGUUUCCCAGGCUCUGUUGAUCAUGGGAGCCACAAUGUCACCUUCACUUUCCGCACUUUUGCCCCCACCGGACCAAAUGGACGUCAUGAUCGAGGAAGUCAUCCGCGAAAUCGAAAGAUAUGCCGCCCUUGCUCCGAGCAUUCGACUUUCUGCAGAAAUUGUCCGAGAGGCCGAGAACCGACGACGCGUAUUUUUGCGGUCACCAUCGGCGCCCUACAAGGUCUGA